AAAAUGCCCAUAUAUUUGAAAAUUUAUCUAAUUUUCAGACUGAAUUCAGCCUAACCUAGUCAAUAUGCAUGAAUAAUUUUUUCAGUACAGUAUCUUAAGUUCAGUAGUUGCAGCAGCUAAAAAUUGUUAAAUGUGAAUGAGAGAAGUCAUUUCAUUUAAUUUUUUUAGAUACUUGAGAAAUUAAUCUAAAGAAGAUCAUUGGUCAACUAAAUUUAGUACGCAAGUUCACGAUGGCGCCUCGAAAAGUCAGUAAAGGAGCCGCAUCUAAAUCCAACGAGACUCCUAAGAAGAGAGUGGCUGCCAGUGGAUACAAGCUCCCUGAUCCAAUACCUGAAGGCCAGGUUAUCACUGACAUUGCAAAAAAUGUCUGGGUUCUUGGAAAGAGCAUAGGCCAGGGUGGGUUUGGCGAGAUAUACCUAGCAUCAAACGAUUCAUCCCGUGUUGUGACUGAUGGUGACAAGUUUGUGGUGAAGGUUGAACCUCACAGUAAUGGGCCGCUGUUUGCUGAGAUGCAUUGCUACAUGCGGAUUGCUAAACCUGAGCUCAUUGAUGCCUGGAAGAAGGAAAGGAAGCUCAAGCGGCUUGGUAUGCCCAAGUACCUUGGAUCCGGCUCCUUCAUAUACAAGUCGCAGAAGUACCGUUUCAUGGUCAUGGAGAGGUUUGGCUCUGAUCUGCAGAAAAUUUUGGAGAAGCUCAAUAAGAAGUUCUCUUUCAAGACUGUCUUCCAAAUUGGACUCGAAAUUCUUGAUGUGCUUGAGUACAUCCAUGACAAGGGCUACAUCCAUGCUGACAUCAAAGCUUCCAAUUUGCUGGUUGGAUUUCAAAGAGGAACGGAAAACCAAGUGUUUCUUGUUGACUAUGGCCUCGCAUGUCGCUAUGCCAUCAAUGGUCAACACAAAGAGUACAAGUAUGAUGCAAGGAAGGCGCAUGAUGGCACCAUUGAGUUCACUUCUCGAGACGCCCAUAUUGGAGCGCACUCGCGAAGAGGAGACCUGGAAAUUCUAGGCUACAACAUGACGCAGUGGCUGUGCUCACGCCUGCCUUGGGAAGACAACCUCACUGACUGCGACUAUGUGGCCAAGAGCAAACGAUGGUACAUGGACAACGUGGACAAGCUUAUGGACAAGUGCUUCCCUGAUGGUGUGCCGCCUGGUUUGUUUGAGUACCUGUCCUACGUAGCAAGUCUGACGUUCGACGAGCUGCCUGACUAUGAGAAGUGCCGCGACAUUCUCAGGGCUGGCUUAGUAGACCGCGGCUACAAGGAUGAUGGCAAAUUAGUGUUCAUGGCUGCGACUCCCAAGCCAGUCUCGAAGAAACCCAAAUCGAGGGUGAACAAGGGCGUGAAGCGACGGCGGUCUGACGAAGAAGAGAAUAUCGGGCUCUCCCCCAACAAGAUUGUCCGCACGUCACCUCGGUCUCCGUGCAAGUCAUCUACUAACAGAAUCAAUACAAGAUUGUGCCCUCGCAAGUCGUACUUAGGCCUGAGCCUGAGCACGGUGGCUUUACCAGCCCUGCACUUCACUGACCCCGAGGAUAUAAUCAUUGAGAAAGAGAACGAGAAGAUGCUGGAGCGCCAGAAACAAAUGAGGCCCAAGAGAAUGGUUCUGAAGAAAGACACGUCGCUGGAUAACCCAACACCUCAGAUGUUGGCGCUCAUGGCUAAACGUCGAGAAAAGAGUCUUUCGCCCCCCAUGUGUAAUAAAAGACAUAAGCAUAAAUUAGGCAAAACUACUCCAACUUUCGAUGACACACCCACGGACUUGACGCCAGAAAUGGAGUCUAUUAUACGGCGACGUGAGGAACGUGAAGCUGCCGAGCGAGCAGCCAAACACAGGGAACGCCUCGUCGACAUUGAAGCUCGUCGGUCUCUAAACGACACCGCCAACCUGGACGUGUCGGUGCUGUGCGUGUCAGAAGUGAGUGCCCGGGACCGGAGGUAUCAGGCUCGGUUACAGGAGCCCUCGCCUCCCGUCAUCGCUGUCGACGAUCUCGAGAACUCCAACGACGGCUUCCUUGCUUCCCCGCCGUGCUGUGAUACGCCAAAACCUUCUGCUGUCACCAACCAUAAUAACAACUCUCUUAAACAAUCAAAAUCCAGCACUGACAACGAAGAAGAAAGUCAAAGUGUUGAACGUCGUGUAUGCUCAAAGGUUCUUGAAAAUAUUGAAGUUGUGAAGAAAAAGUUCAUAAAUUCUACGAAGAAAUCCGCCAAUAACACACCAGAGAGAAGAAGUAGCGUUUCAAAGACAGAGUCUAAAAAGAGAAAUAGGCAAUCGGUCUUGAAUGAUUCUGAAUCAAGUCCUGCCUUGACAGAUUUGUCUAGCAAGCGCCGGAGAUUGGGACGGAAAUCGAGCGUGCGAAACGAUUUAGUGGAACCAAACUUAACCUUUGGGGGCACUCGGGCUUGUGCUGAUUCCACAUCUAAGAGGGCUAAGAGAAAAUCAGCUAUCUUUGCUCGAGAUCUCAUCUCUAAAUUCAUCUUCCCUCGUUAAUAUUUUUAAAGAGAAGUGAAUGGAAUGGUUGAUUCUUAACCAAUGUUUUUUUAGACAUUUGACUUCAGAGAUUCAAAUUUAUCAAAAUUUUAAGUUGAACCGCUAGCACCGCGCGUUUACGGUGCUAGAAUCAAAGUUUGUUUAAAUUUGGCAGCAUCCAAACUGAUAUUUUAUUUUAAGUGCGGACCUAAACCCUUUGCCUACAGAGAGUGACUAAGUUACCAAGCAUUAAGACGAAAAUAGCACUGACGGUAGUUAAUGUAUCUGUAGACACAGGGUUGGAAGACUUUUAUAGCGCUAGAAGCGUCAAGUUCUUAUGUGAUUCAUAUUUCGUCUCGAGGCUUUUUAUCAAUGGACAAGAUUUAAUAACUUUGUUCGACCUAGUUGAACUGAGCGGUUAUGGUUACAGUUAAUUAGGGAUGGGUAGACCAGCGAUACAACUGGUGAGAUGAUGACGUUAUUUAUGUGAAUUAUUUAUUGAUAUCCCACUAUUGUUAAUGUGAAAUAGGGAUUUUAUAUCGCUAUUUUUUCACUGACGAGCACAUGAAGCUGAAGCCUGUACUGCGACAUUGAAAUUAUGAUAAUGACGUCGAAAGUAGUUGAGGAUGUCUGUGCAUUUAAUGUAAAAGAGAAGAAAUUUUACGAAUAAAUAAUUAAAACUUU